AUGUUCUCCCUCGUCCGCCUUGUAGCCCUAGCGGUCACGCUGGCUCACCUGCCCCUGCUCAUUGCAGCGUGCGGCGGUGAUCACGCAGCGCUGGAACGACGCUCGGACCGUAUGGCCACACAGCCGAGCGGAGGCACAAGCUUGCUCAGACCCUUGACUUGGGGCGAUGUCGUCAUCGUAGCCACCACCGACAUUCACGGCUGGUAUCAGGGUCACCUAAAGGCGAGUCAGCCUGAGCCAAACUACUCUGGCGAUUGGGGAGACUUUGCCAGCUUCGUCACUCGUGAGUUUGCACUCGGUGCUGCUGUGACUGUGCCGGCCUUGUUGCUGAUAAAGUCCACCGCGCGCGCUUGCGCGCGCGCGCUCGCACAGACGUGCGAGCCAAGGCGCUGCUGCGUGGAGUGGAUCUGUUGGUGGUGGACAGCGGGGAUCUGCAUGAUGGCGCAGGAUUGUCGGACGGCUACCCCGCGGGACAAGGGCCCGACGCGCACGUCUCCAACCAGUUCCACAGUCUGGUCGACUUUGACGUCUUGGCCGUCGGCAAUCACGAGCUGUACGUGUACGAGAAUGCUCUCGACACGUACAAGAACUUUGUGCCCGCCCAGCACGGUCGAUACCUCGCAUCCAACGUCAACAUCACGCUGCCCCAAAGUUCAGCUCCUGGCGCAAAGAACGUCUCUGUGCCCAUGGGCGAGCGCGUGGUCAAGUUCCGCACACCCUUGCACAAGCGCAAAGUGACCAGUCUCGGUGUGCUGUUCGACUUUACUGGCGCAGAUGCUGGAUUGACGGUGCAAAACCCUUCGGACAUGGUCAAGGAGGCCUGGUUCAAGCAAGCCAUCCAAGAUCCACCAGACUUUUUCCUCCUCGUCGGUCACAUGCCCGUCCGGCGAGACCAGUGGCCAGAGGUUAUUGCCCCUAUUCGAGCACUUCACCCCACCACGCCAAUCUUGAUCGCCGGUGGUCACACUCACAUUCGCGAUGCCGUCAAGUACGAUGACAAUGCCGUCGGCAUCGAGAGCGGUCGCUACCUCGAAACCAUUGGCUGGCUCGCUGCAAAUCUGACCGACACGGGCAAGACUUCCUUUUCGCGCUCGUACAUUGAUGCCAACCGUCGCAACUAUGCUUUCCAUGCCGGUCUGUCCAGUCCCAAAUUUGGCUUUGACACGCCCAAAGGUGUCUUGAUCACCGCCAAGAUGGGCAAGGUUGCACGGGAUUGGAAUCUGACACAAGGUACGUUUGUGAUGUGUGAUGUGCGGGCCUAGAGCCGAGUAGUCUUCUUGACAUGCCCUCCUCCCUGCAGUAUACGGCAACGCUCCGCAAGACUACUACCUCGAUCGAGUCGCCCCCUCGUCAGAGUCCAGCCUACUCAACCUGCUCUCUAACAAGGUGCUCCCCACCGUCGUAUCCACCUCCAACCCAUCUCGCGCAUCCACGCCAAACUUUGUCAUUGCCAACUCGGGCUCCCAGCGCUUCGACGUGUACAAGGGACCAUUCACAAAGAAUGACCAGGUGAGUGCGCGUGCGCGUGCGCGUGCUCGUGCUCGGGCGCGUGCUCGUGCGCUGCAGUCCUGACAUCGCCCGCGCACCAUCCACAGUACAUCGUGUCACCAUUCAAGGACGCCUUUCUCUACAUUAAGGAUGUGCCAUACCAAUACGCCUCGCAAAUCAUUCACAAGCUCAAUCGGGACCCCGUCGCAGGUGCAGCAUCGAAACGAGAGGCGGAUGUAAACGUCGCCUCCUCCUCCUCGUCAGCGCCGCCACGCUCAGCAGAUGCCGACGUUCAUCGCAUCUUUGACGAUUGGGGCAAGAAGCAGCACGAGCUUGCGCAGGCUGAUCUCGCCAGGCUCGAUCAGCGCGCAGCUGAGCGUCGAGCUGAUAGCCCGACGUUGGGUUACGUCACGCACGAUGAUCUCGGAAACGACGGCGACGAUACAGUCGUGCGUAUCCCGAUACCCCAAUCACGUGGAUCGGAUUUCGCAUGCUUCGAGGCUGACAUCUUUGCUACACCCCCUCGCCCCGGCACAGCACACUGCCCUUCCAUUCGCUUCUUCACCAGACUAUGUAGCGUCGCCCUUGACAGGUAACGCGACCGCGGCAAUGCCCGACAGUGAGUGCGCGCGCGCGAAUGCGAGAAAGAUGGCCGGGCCCUCUUUCCGUUCGAACAACUGACAUGCCCGCCUGCGCGCGGCGCGCCUCUGCAGCGCUCGUCGACGUCAUUCUCGUCGACUUUAUCCUCAGCUCCGUCGUUCGCAUCCUCAACUCGCUUCAGACUGCCAAAAAGUACGCCAAUUCGGACGCGACGGCGUACAAUAGCCUCACCACGCAAGACCUAUACCCACUGUACGCUCAAAAGGCGUGGCAGUAG